CGUAAAAAGAGGAUGUGACAUGUUUUCAGAAGUGGCAUCAGUCUCUAUAAAUGAAGGGCAGUCAUGCGCUGAACACAGGAGGAGAAGGAGAUAACUUCUAACUUCCUCUUGCCGAAACGGUUCGUCUGCCUUUUAGUUUUGGCGAAGGUUGCAAAGAUGGCGCCAGUGGCUCUUCUUCUUCUUCUGCUGCUGCUAAACGUCUCGGCCUGCAGCGGGUUUGGCUUCAGGAGCUGCACUCAGAAUUACGGCGAUUCAAGAUGGAUGUGGUGCUUCAACCGAGGGAUCGUUAACAUUUCUGAAGUGGUCAGGAUGUUCCCUGAGAACACAACUUUAAUCAACUUGUCCAAAAACGAGAUCAGAGCCGUCCCGCCUGGCUCGUUUGCUCACUUCGCGGGACUCAAACAUCUGGACCUGAACCAAAACAAGCUGCUUUUUCUGAGAGGUGAGGAGUUCAGAGGCCUUCACCUCAUGCAGUUUCUCAACCUCAGCUGUAACCAAAUCUCCCACAUCCACUCGGACACGUUUAAGGGACUCGUCAGUCUGAACGUCCUUCUCCUCAGCCAAAACAACCUUUCCAGUGUCUCCGGCCUCCUCUUUAAUCUCCUCCCUGCCAUCCAAGCGGUGGAUCUGUCCUUCAACGCGUUAAAGUCCUUCAGCUGUGAAGAAUGCGGCGGCUCCUCAACGCUGGAAUAUCUGAACGUCUCGGUGAACCACAUCCAGGAGGUGAACGUCAGCUGCUUUCCUGCCCUGAAGUACAUCAAGCUGUCCAACAACUCAGAGCUGGAGCUGCAGCCGGAUGUGUUUGAAUCAAAUCAGCAGCUGAGGACUCUGCUCCUUGUGUCGGUUAAACUAGAAGCUCUGAUGGGGCUUUCGCCGCAGACGAAGAGAAAUCUCUCCCACGUAUCCUUCUCCAUGUUAGCCGAGAAGUCUCCGUGGACGAUCUGUGACGUGCUCAGAGGAAUGGACCACAUCUCCAAAGUGCAGGUCGACUUAAAAGGAUCUAAGUUACCUCAGAGCAACGUCAGCCUGCUGGACUGUCCCACCCCGACCACGCUGAUAUUCAUGGAGGCUAAAUUAGGGAAUGUCGCUCGUCUGUCUUCAGGGAGGAGAAGCACCAGUAAACUUUGUCUCACCAACUGUGGAUUAAAGCAGAUAUCCAAUUCAACGUUUGAGGGUUUUGCGGCGCUGAAAACACUUUGCCUCGACAAGAACGCUGUUGUGAUUGAGCCAGACGCCUUCAGAGGCAUGACCACGCUCAGAUCUUUAAACUUGGACAGGAACAGAAUCCGUGACAUCGACCCUCGAUGGUUCCUCCCUCUGAAAACUCUCACUCAACUGUCUCUCAUGAAAAAUGAGAUCACCGAGCUGGAACCCAGCGUGUUUCACGCCCUGACCCAACUCGAGCAGCUCUACCUGCAGUUCAACCUGCUAAAAUCCCUCAAGAACCGCACCUUCAGUAAUCUGUUCAAGCUGCAGAGGCUGAGCCUUAGUUUGAAUAUUAUUUGUUUUAUUGAACCGGGAACCUUCCAGGACCUGAAAAACCUAAGAUUCCUUGACCUGAGUGGGAACCGUCUCAAGAGGGUGACUCCAUAUAUUCUGUCUGGCCUUGACACGCUGGUCCACUUGAUUCUGUACAACAACCGCCUCCAGUUCAGAUCCUAUGAAUCCCCCUUUAUCCAGCUAACUUCACUGGAGUAUCUGGAAAUGAGAUACCAGGGACCAGGAGGUGGCAUUGGUGACAUCGGACCAGAUUUCUUUAAAGGUUUACAGAAACUGCGAUGCAUAAACAUCGGAAACAGCGUCAAGAUGAACAUCCAUGCCGACGCCUUUGCUCCUCUGACCAGUUUGAAGAUCCUGUACAUAGAUGGAGUGGUUUUAAAGGAUAUCAACCUGACUGCGGUGCUAUUCCCACUAAAAAGCCUUUCAAAACUCAUGUUGAACAUGGCAGACCUGGACACUCUGCCAGCAAACCUCCUACCUCCGAAUAAUUCAUUGAGAAUUCUCCAAGUUUCGUCAAACCACAUCCACACGUUAAACAAGGAACUACUGGAUAAUCUGCCAGGACUGGUAUAUUUUGACAUUUCACAAAACCCACUAAGCUGCACUUGUGAUAACUCUUGGUUCAAGACCUGGGCUACAAACAAUGCCAAGACACAGGUGGUCUACCUGUACAACUUGCGGUGUGACAACAACAGGAGUUCGCGCCACCUGUGGCAGUUUGAUGACAAGGCCUGCUCCUACGAUCAGAUUUCUCUGAUGCUCUUCAUCACCUGUUCCACGACGGACGUGCUGUUGGUGUUUGCGUGUCUGGUUUGGCACACCCAGGGUCCUGCCCUGCGCCUCCUGCUGCUCAUGGCCAAAGCAAAGCUCAGAGGGAGGAAGAAGGGCGCGGGGGCUAAAUUCCAGUACGACGCCUUCAUCUCCUACAACUCCAGGGAUGAGGACUGGGUGAUGGGACAGCUGGUGCCUAACCUGGAGAGGCCAGCUCCUGGUGCACAGAGGCUCAAACUCUGCCUGCACCACAGAGACUUCCGGCCCGGCGCUGCGGUUCUGGAGAACAUCGAGGCGGCGAUCUACGGUUCUCGACAUACCAUCUGCGUGGUCACGCGCUCCUACCUGCAGAGCGACUGGUGCUCCGUGGAGUUUCAGCUGGCCAGUCUGAGGCUCCUGUGCGACGGGAGCGACGUCCUCCUGUUGGUGUUCCUGGAGGAGAUCCCCGAGCGCUGCCUGUCCCCGUACACACGGCUGCGCAGGAUUGUGCAUAAAAAGACCUACCUGCUGUGGCCGGAGAACCCCCAGGAGCAGGAGGCCUUCUGGGUCCGACUGAUGGACGCCUUGAGAGACAGAGAAGAGUCGAAGGAGGCGGGAGAAAUUGGAGGAGAGCAACGGCUGGCUCCAUAAAUCGGCUGCAGCAGCUACUUAAUCCUUACAAAAGUAGUUUUCUUUUUAAAACUAGUAUCAGCAAGGAGCAUAAGUGUACAUUUUGGGAUAGGAUGGGUCAUUGGAAAAUGUAAACACAGGGAGAUCCUUUCCAGACAAAUAUAACCCGGAUUUUAAUUGAUUUUAGGAGCAACGUUACGCUGCGUAAACGAGAUAUGCUGUAAAAAAAA